UAAAAUUAGAACGCAUAUUUAAAUAUUAACUUGCUUUUAGAAAAUACUCUUAUUUAUAUAUUUUUAAAAAAUGAUGGAGUACGUAAAGUAUGAGCAAUUAAUGUUCGAACUAACUAGAUCGGAUCCGAUGUGAAACAAUAAUUUGUGAGGUAGACAGACAGAGGCGGCAGCAAAUAAGAAUGGCUUCAAAUCCCAAACCUUUGACUUUUGAGGAGGUGGCUAAUCACAACAACAAAAAGGAUUGCUGGAUUAUUAUCAAUGGAAAGGUGUAUGAUAUCACGCCAUUUCUGGAUGAGCAUCCUGGAGGAGAUGAAGUUUUGGUAACGUCAACAGGGAAGGAUGCCACCAUUGAUUUUGAAGAUGUGGGCCACAGUGAUUCUGCCAUAGAAAUGAUGGAAAAAUACUUCGUCGGGAAGGUUGACACUUCCACUCUUCCAGCGAAAGUUAACCAUAGUCUGCCACAACCUACACAAGCAGGUGGCGCUGGCAAUCAAUCUUCUGGAUUUGUUGUAAAGAUCUUGCAAUUCCUGUUGCCAUUCUUGAUAUUGGGCCUUGCCUUUGCCCUGCAGUACUAUGGCAAAAAGAAGCAUGCUAGCACCUCAUGAAAUAUGAAGUUGAGCUAGAGCCGAAGUUUCAUUAGGUUUGUUAAUUCAUUGCCUACUUCAAUGCAGUAUUAAAGUGGUAAUAGACUUUAGUCAAUGUUGUGUGUCUGUCAUUUAAACUCGUUACCCCACCCUUCACCAUGCAGGCCCUUGAUGCACUGUGGUGUCUUAGCUCAGUCAUGCUAGCUGUUCAUUUAGACAAAUGAAUGAUUUUUUUUUAUUUAAUCUCUCAUGUUUGAAUAUUUUGAAAUGGAUUUUAUUAAAUCAAUUGAUUGAUCCCUAUGUUUUUGGGUCAA